AUGCGCGCCGCACAAGUCAUCUCCUUCAACGAACCCUACAAGGUGCACGAAAUCUCCGUCCCAUCAGAACUUGCACCGCACGACCUCCUCAUAAAAGUCGCCGUCGCCUCCCUCUGCCACACAGACUCCAUGGUCUCUUCCGGCGCAAUGGGCACACCACUUCCCUGCACCGGCUCUCACGAGGGCGCAGGCACCGUUGUAGCAACUGGCACGUCUGUAACGCAGUUCGCAGUCGGCGACCGCGUGAUGGCCGGGAUCUUGUAUGAUGCUUGCGGUACAUGCACCGAAUGCACAGGAGGACCACACGCAUCGGUAUGUCCUCAGUACUGUCAAAACACUGGGGGGUUUCUUGGUAUAACGAGACAUGGGUUUUUCGCCGAGUACGCGAAGGUGGAUGCGAGACAGACUGCGAAGAUACCGCGGAAUGUUUCUUUUCUUACUGCGGCGCCGCUGGCUUGUGCGGGCGUGACGGUUUAUCGCGGGAUUGUUUUGUCGGGUGUGAGGAAGGGGGAGUGGAUUGCUGUUGUGGGUAGUGGAGGUGGGUUGGGCCAUCUUGGAGUGAAGUUUGCAAAAGCCAUGGGAUUGAAUGUUAUUGGGAUUGAUGCGAGGGAUGAGGGAUUGGAACUAACGAGGCUGUGUGGUGCGGAUGUUGCUAUCGAUGCGAGGAUUGGGAUGGAAGAGGUUAUCAAGGCUGUGCGUGCUUGUACGGGGAAUGAGGGGGUGAAGGCUACGCUGAACGUUAGUGAUGCGAAGGAGUCGGCGGCCUUGGCUUGUGCGGUGACGAAGAUGCAUGGGACGAUGAUACAACUUGCGCAGCCGGAUGGUGUGGUUAUCCCGUUCCAUGAACUCAUUUUGAGGGAUAUCAGGGUGAGGGGGUCGGCUGUUGCUAACCUGAGUGAGGCGCGGGACAUGCUGGAUUUGGUUGCUGAGCAUGGCAUUACGGUGCAGACGAGUUCGUUUCACGGACUGGGUGAGAUUGAGAAGUUGGUAGAGCUGGCGCAUAGCGGUAAGAUGAAAGGAAAGGGUGUUGUCAUCAUGGAUCAAGAGCAGAUUGAGAGGGAGAAGAAUGUCAGAUCGGCGUUGUAG